ACAAAAAAAUAAUGUCAAUUGUAUGUACGAUUUUCUUGUUUCUCUUAAACGCUUCUUCUACGAUUUCGUCUGCGUUUGCCAAACCGCCAAUCGCAAGGCAGCUAUCAACAUCAGAGACAUCAAAUUCAACAGCAUCUUGCUCAGCAACUGGAAAUCCAAUCGACGAUUGCUGGAGAUGCGACGAAAACUGGAAGUCCAACCGCAAAAACCUCGCGGAUUGUGCGGUUGGAUUCGGACGCGACUCAGUCGGCGGUAGAGCCGGAGAGUACUACACCGUAACCGAUUCAGGAGACGAUGAUCCUCUAAACCCAUCUCCAGGUACACUACGGUACGCCGCAACACAAGAUCAACCUCUAUGGAUCAUAUUCGAUCGCGACAUGGUGAUACAACUAAAAGAAGAUAUUCAAGUCUCGUCGUACAAAACCAUAGACGGAAGAGGAAACAACGUGCAAAUAGCUUAUGGUCCGUGCAGGCAUGGAUAUUUUCACAUAGUGAAUAACAUUUAUAGAGAGUGGGAGAUGUAUGCUAUUGGUGGAAGUGCUAAUCCAACCAUCUUUAGUCAAGGAAAUGUUUUCAUAGCUUCGGAUAAUCAGUUCACAAAGGAGGUUACAAAGCGAGAGAGUGUAGAUGGAGGCGAUGAAUGGAAGGAGUGGAAUUGGAAAUCAGAAGGAGAUGAAAUGCUUAACGGAGCUUUCUUUGUACCAUCAGGGAACGAGGAUUCUCCGAGCUAUGCAAAGACGUCGAGUAUGGUGGCUCGACCAGCUUCACUUCUUAAGACCACGCAUCCAUCAGUAGGUGUUCUUAGUUGCCAAAUUGACCAACCUUGUUAGAACACAUACAUCACGUCGUGACUCGUGACCAAAUCUUGUAUUCUCCUCCUUUUUUUGCUCUCUUCUUGUUAUUGUUGUUAUAGCCUUUAGGAUUUGUAUCGAAUGUGAUGAUCAUAGACCCAAACAAAACAAUUGCAUAGUUUCAUUCCAAAAAGUUUCAAUUAAAAGUCAGUGAAAGUUGGGUUGGAUUUGGAAGUAAAGGAGAGAGGAAAAUUCGAAAGCAAUAAUGGUUGGAUUUGGAAGGACAAGAGAUUAAGGACCAAAAGGAGGAAAGUGGAAGAAAAUGAUUUGGAGACGCCUUCGUUGAGUUACUUGGGAUUCACGUCUACUAAUAUAUAUAUUUGUAAUUUUGUUUGGUGAGCACUUCGAUCGUUGUGAUUUUGAUUUUGUUUGGUGAGCACUUCGAUCUAGCUUAGUUUGAUUUUAAAACCCAUUCUUUUUGCUUUCUUUAAACCUUAAAAAACUUGAAAUGGCUAUGCUAAUCACCAUAGAAAUUAGAGAUGCUAUCUUGUCU